AUGGCAAAACUGGCGCUCUGGCAAAACUGGCAAACUGGCGCUCUGGCAAAACUGACUAGCACUUUAGUAAACUGGCGCUCUGGCGAAACUGGCGCUCUGGCAAAACUGGCGCUCUGGCAAACUGGCGCUCUGGCAAAACUGGCACUCUGGCAAACUGGCGCUCUGGCGAAACUGGCACUCUGGCAAAACUGGCACUCUGGCGAAACUGGCGCUCUGGCAAAACUAGCGCUCUGGCAAAACUGGCGCUCUGGCAAAACUGGCACUCUGGCAAACUGGCGCUCUGGCGAAACUGGCACUCUGGCGAAACUGGCACUCUGGCGAAACUGGCGCUCUGGCAAAACUGGCGCUCUGGCAAAACUGGCGCUCUGGCAAAACUGCCGGCGCUCUGGCAAACUGGCGCUCUGGCAAAACUGCCGGCGCUCUGGCAAACUGGCGCUCUGGCAGAUGGAUAAAAAGCCAAAAACGUACAUCAUUUUGGCGUAUGGCAUUCAGAGUUGUUAUAUAGAUGACGUAAGACAUAGUUUGUAUAAUUACCAUAUAUUAUUUAUAACCAGAAUAAUUUUGUAUAUUACUUGUGACGUGUUCUGUGCUUUGCUACACGGCUUAAUAACCUGAAAAACACAUGGGUGUUCAAUGUCAUAUUUAACUUCAAUGUCGAAAAUAUGUUGAAUGUUCUGCAUGUUCAAUGCCAGAUUUAUCUUCAAUGUCGAAAGCACGUAGGUGUUGAAUGUCCUAUUUAACUUCAAUGUCGAAAAUAUGUUGAAUGUUCUGCAUGUUCAAUGUCAGAUUUAUCUUCAAUGUCGAAAGCACGUAGGUGCUGAAUGUCCUAUUUAACUUCAAUGUCGAAAGCAUGAUAUACAUGAAUAUUGGCGGUGAUAUGACGCCAUACAAACGCGGCAUGUUGACAAAAUAUAAAGUUGUGAAACUUGAUAAUAGUGAUGGGCGAUACCGAGUACUUGGUAUUCGAUACCAGCGAUACCACAAACAGCGGUAUCGGUAUCGAUUACUGACGUGGUUCGUUCGAUACUUGCACCCUUUUUUAAACGACAUGUUUAAUUUCACUUCUUGUUUGAAUAAGACUUAAUGAACAACUAAAAUAACUGUUAAUAUUCCGAAUGUGGUGCGCCAAGUCAAGUAUAGAGUAUAUUUAUUACGUUUCGGACUUUUGGUUUACUUAUAGUUUUAUUUAGGUUACAUACAGUAAAGUAAAAUGUUUUUCCACUGACCGGCAAGUAUCGAAAAUAGCCAAUACUAGCAAUUUAAGUACUCACUUCCGGUAUCGAAAAUUGAAAUUUUGUGUUUAUUUUGGUAUCGAAAUAGGUAUCGGUAUCGGCCGAUACCGAUUUUAAAAGUAUCGGUAUCGGUAUCGAAUUAAAAAUCCUGGUAUCGCCCAUCACUACUUGAUAGUUUAAUAAUUACACAGUGUAUACUUUUUGCAUCCACGGGGGUGCGAAAACAGGUGGCUUUAAAAAAUAUUAUGUGGUCAGUGGUAAAUCGCCCGAAAAUAGUGGACGCGGAGCUCGAAAUCCGCCAUGUUUUUGCGGACACUUUUUUGUUUGACGAGAUAUGGGAGCACGAUCUCCAGAUAUAUAUAGUAGAGCUCAGUGAUUGAAACCAAUAUGAUUUCAUCAAUUUGCAGUUCUAAUAAGCCCAAUGAUUGUCUUAUAUUAUACAAGGACUUGUAAUAUUCCCUGGUGCUGUAGAGAGUGUUGUGGAGUUAUGGUGCACUCAAAUGUGUGUAUGGCUUUGUGUAUACAGUAGUGCGAGUAGAUACAGGUUUAAACAAUCAUUGUGUAAUGUGCUUCACUGUUGUUUUAUAUCCACGGCGAACAUUUAUUGUAUGGUUCUCAUUAUUAACAACCGGUGUCUCAUAUUACAUCACAAAGCUUUUUGCGCGGAUUAUAUUUCGCACAUUACUAAAAUUCGCGCAACCCAGCGCUGCGCGAAUUCUAGUACUGCUCAAAUUUUUAUAUAAGUAAGGUAUAUGAAAUUGUAGCAACAAGUCAUGCAUGCAAGUUUUUAAUGAUUUAUAUUUAACAAAUAUAAAACAUUUUCCGUGUUGAUAUACAGUUAUAUCAACACGAGUGGAAAUUGGGGAAACGAGAAAUUGUAUGGAAACACGACGCCCGAAGGGCGGAGUGUUUUCAUACAAUUUCGAGUUUUCCCAACUUCCACGAGUGUUGAUAUAACUAUAUAUCAAUACGGAAAAAAUGUUUUAUAUUUUUUUUAUAAUAUAGCAACGUCAAAAGCCCGAAGGAUAAGAAAAAUUUCCGUGUUUACAAGCGGCGGAAAAUUUCCCGUGUUGACAUCGAGUUAUAUCAACACGGCUCUUAGCCAAUCAGCGUUCAGAAUUUACAAAUGCUAUAUUAUAACUAGGUUUAUUAGCAUAGCAUGACCAGUUGCCGUGGCUAGCUUGCCACUGAGUACUGUACAAAGACAUAUUGCCAUAUAUAUCAACAAUGAUAUCAUAAUACGUGAAUAAAUCAUUGGACAUGUAGAGUUUAGUUUAAUAAUUGCUAGCUUUACCAUUAACAGUAUAAUUAUACAUACAAAAGCAAGAAGUUAUAAGCAUUGAAGGGAUUCAUAUAACCCCCCCCCCCCAUACCAAGAAAGUAGGAUUAAAAUCUUAGCUGAACUUCGACUUUGUGCAAGGUGUUUGAUAUUCAAAUUGCACUUUUCGGUCUUUUCCUGCAUCCUGAACAGGCGUAUUAUAUUAGCAAUCUCGUACCCAGAGUAUGCCAGUUCGCAAGUUUGGUCAUGCCCAGCCAGUGUGCCCAGCACCUAACCUGCGAACGGGCAUACUCUGGGCUGUUUACGUGAUGGAAGUUGGGAUGAUUUUGAUGUAUUGAAAUAAGUCACUAAAAUAAACAAAAGUUCAAAUGCUGGCUAACCGAACUCAAAUGUUGUAGAGAAAAUCAUGUAGUUCAAGAUUUUUAUAGCUUUUUGAACAACCUUUCGUUUACAGUUGACUAUAAUCCAUCUCCAGAAAAUAAAGUUUUUCACAAAAUCAUCGCGCCUCAUAUCUCGUCCUGGCAAAGCGGUUUAAGCGAGAUCCGUAUAAAUAGCCAUUAUUCAGCAAAUUGCGUAUGCUCCCUGUCUUUGAUCCCUUGGGGUGAGGCAGCACUUUCCUUGCGAUAGUAACUUCUAGUAGUAGGUCUCAUUUUGUUUCCGGUUUGUUCCUAGCAACAUCAAAUGUCCCUAGUAACAGUCAACCAGCAUCAGUGGAUCACGUGUUCGGCCGUUUCACUCCCCUCUUUAUUUUUUAUUAUUUCUCCGCCUUAUUUUAAAUUUCGGAUCUUUCUCGGUCGCCCUUCGGAGUAUCAUCGUGUAACAUAAAUUAAUGUCAAAGAUGAAUAUAAAUUAUUGCGCCUGCGAUACGCUAAUACCGCUUUCAACAUUCAAAAUGGCGGCCGAUGAAAAUUGAAAACAUUUACAUGUAAUUAAAAGGUUAGUAUAAAUUUACACAAGUAUUUCUGGCGUGCUCCCUUGGUUGAGACCUUGAGAAAGCUUGGCAGUCUAGCCGUGCACAGAACUGACUAAUUAAAUCUUUGUCUGAAUCUUAUUUAUAUAAAAGUACCUUGAAUUUUUAAGUUUAAUUAUAAAGCAAAAUGCACACUCUGCGGACAUGUUCAUUAGAAAAAAUUUUUUUGUGUAACGAAAUCUAUAACACUUGUCAAUCAUAUUGCAUGUUGUGUCUAAAAAUAACAUGUGGGCGUCCCACGGUCUAGACAGGUUUUGUGUCAGGCCCUAUUUCAAAUUAGGGCCUGAACAUCAGGUUAAGACUAACCUGAAGUUCAGGCCCUAAUUUGAAAUAGGGCCUGACACAAAACCUGUCUAGACCGUGGGACGCCCACAUGUUAUUUUUAGACACACAUGCAAUAUGAUUGACAAGUGUUGUAGAUUUUGUUACACAAAAAAUUUAUAUUCUCAUGAACAUGUCCGCAGAGCAUUUUGCUUUUUAAUUAAACUUAAAAAUUCAAGGUACUUUUAUAUAAUUAAGAGUCAGUUUCUCUAUUUAACCGAACAGGCGAACAGCAAACAAAGAUUUAAUUAGUCAGUUCUGUGCACAGCUUGACUGCCAAGCUUUCUCAAGGUCUCAACUUGCUGGACGCGGAUAUACUCUAACGACUAACGGGCUAAUAUUAAACAGCAACAAUUAAAUUCUCAAUAAUACCACGAAGAAGGCGAUGUAGCUCAGAAAACAAUUACGACGGUACGACCUGAUAUUAAAAAUAAGACUUUUGCCGGCGAAGCAAGUUGGCAGAACAUCUUGGCUGUCAACAACAAGCUUUCGAAUACAUGACUAGUUUGGCUGUUCUUUCAGCGUCGUGUGUGUCCAAAUUGGUCAAAGAUUUUGAUGAAGCCCUUUCAAAAUACUGUUUGUUUGAUUUAUUUUCUGCCAUAAAGCAUAAAAGAAAAGAAAUUCGAAGAAAUCGAUAAUGGAAUUUGUUACGUGCGUUUGACCUUUAUAUUAAUUCUCGCCUUGACCGAGCUAUUUUUAAAACUGUUGUUUAUGUGAACUUGCAACCAAUCAAAAUCCUUCAUGAUGCUGAUCAACCAAUCAGAUUUCCCGUCCACCAGGUGGACGGGAAUCCCACACUUUAGAUAGGUUUUGUGUCAGGCCCUAUUCUGUGAUAGGGCCUGAACUUCAGGUUAAUUUUCGACAGACGCGCUAACCCCAUGAUCGUCAGACCUCUCAACUCUCACGCAUUUGGCGUGAGUCUCACGCAAUUCGCUUCACUCUCACGCUCUCACGCCACGUUCAGUAAAUCUCACACAUAUGGCAGUUUCAUAGAAUUUUUUUCAAUAAUAUAAUAUUGUAUUCUUAAAUGCACAUUAUUAAUCAUUUAAUAUACGGAUCGCAAAUCGAAUAUAUAAUCACGUGUUAUUGUUCCCUCGUGUUCCUGCAUAUUUGCCCGCAAUUUGGAUACAAAAUAGCAUGCAUAUGUAAUACGGCGGACAAAAGGCAGAAUCAGUUGGAGCAGAAUUCUAUAUGCAGGGCCGUAGCAACCGGGGGGCUGGAAAUCAUUCUUCUUUCAAAAUCAUUCAGACCUUUAUCAAUAUUAAGCUUUAUUAGUUUCAAGCGGCCACAUUAUCCAUGACAAACUGCAAAGAAUGAAGAUAUUACCCACACUUUCCUGCAACUUAUCCAAUAUAUAGUAAAUUAAAUACACCUUCGCCCAUUUAGUACUACGAAAUUGUAAAUUUCGACAUACUAAAACGCUGUUUUCUGACUAUCAGAAUUCUGUCAAAUCUUCCCCAAAGUCCAGGAAAUGGCGUUUCAGAGACUCUAAAUUUAAAAAUUUCCUCGGGCCUUCGGCCCUCGCUUUCAGCCCCCCCCCCAAUAAAAAAGCUUCCUACAGCCCUUGUAUUGAUAUUUUGUUGACGUUAGAUAAAAUAAGUAAUAUUAAUAUCUAAGUUAAUUAGUUAAUAAUAGACAGUGGAUAUGAUUGACAGUUUGCAUGUUUCACGAGUCGAAAACAACAUGAAGACAAGGCGUGUGCUUAGGGACGGACCAUUUGAUUUUUCAUGGGGGGGAGCGCAUUUUUGAGAGUGCUCGAUUUUUUUUUGGACCUCACCGACUCCGCACGAUUUUUUUUUAUCGAAUCUUGCCGCAUGCACGAUAUUUUUUUAAAUUUUUACUAUAGCGUUAAUACAAUAAUAACCACGUAUGGUUAUAUUCCGGCUGAAGAAUGUAUUUGAAUAUACAGCAUAUAACCACAAAAUAGGAAAGUAUAGCAGAAGUGUAACCCAGGAAAAUUUUAGCUCGCUCACGCCAUCCUGGCUAGUACAGCCGGAAGUUUUUAUCAGGUUUUGAUAGGUACAAAGUGCCGGUUGUACUAGCCAGGAUGGCGUGAUUGAUGACGAAUUGCUUGUAAAAACGCGAAAAAAUACUUGCUUGAGUGAGACUUCUGGUAUCCCUUCCUAUUCUAUGAUAUAACUAUCACAGCCCAUUUUAUACUUGGCCAAUUUUAUACUUGGCCCAUUUUAUACGGGGCUAUGGUCUACGAUAGCCCCGUAUAAAAAGGGGCCAUAGCCUCAAUCAAAAUUGGAUCAAGUGUAUUAACCCAUUUUGCAUUGGCGUAAUGGCAUCUAUAUACAAAUUCUCACGGUUUCCAAUCGUAUCAGUGUUCCCAAUACGUAUUAUAAACUGCAAUUUUUAUUCAGAAUCAGAGAGCGAUAUUAAUGAGCCAGGUAGGAAAGGGUAUUUUUGUGACCCGUGAAUGCAGUGGCGUAGCCAGACUAUAAUUUUUGGGAGGGCCUUUCUAGGGGGGUCCGGGGGCAUUCUCCCCCGGGAAAAUUUUGAAAUCUGGAGUCCCUCAAUGGCGAUUUCCCAUGUUUCUGGGGAGAGAUUUUGCAUAAUUCUGAAGAUUAUUUACUGCAGGAAAGACCUGAUUUUUAAUGAUUUCUCAAUAAUGUGGAUCCUUAAUUUGACUCAAGGAAGCUUACUUGGUCUCGUGUGAAUAGUUAAAUCGAAGUUUAAAACGCAUUUUAACCAAUAACCACCAUAGGCAUUAUUUUCUGUAGUUAGAUUUAGGAAAGAUUAGAACUUUUAUAGACAAUUUGGUGAACAGAUGAGAUUGGUAGUCACAUGGGUAGUCAUCGUCCCCCCCCUAAUUUCUACCCGGAUUUCAUCUUUUUUACAAGGGCAGUCCUUCAGCCUAUUGGUGGGGGGGGGGGCUGAGCCCCCCCUGUCUACACCACUGCGUGAAUGGUCAAUAUUUGAUCGUGUGAAAUGCUUGAUUUUACUGUCAUGAUCUGUGAUUUGUUCUACAGCCAUGAGGCGUGAUUGUCGAUAAAAAUGCUCCGUGAAAUGGGAAUUAAGGAUGUCUGUUUCGUGAACUGUGAUUUUGAUUUGUUUAUUCCGAUCUAUUUUAUAAUAGUGAUAAUGGACAUAAUACGCGAUAAUAAUUUAUAUGAUCGAUCUCACUCGAUUGCACAAGAGUAGAAACUUCGGAGGCCUUUCGGAGAUCGUCGGACGUACUCAUCACUCAAACUUGUAAGUAGUUUUUAACUGCCAGGCAGAGAAGAGAACUUAAAGCAUAGUACUGUACCAUGCAUCAAACAUAAUCUUAAAGUUAUUAUUAUUAUAUUAUUUUUAUUAGAGUCUCGUUAUCCGUGAAAUUGCUUUUUUAUGGCACGUGAAUUGUGAAACGGUUUUUUUUGUUGUGAAACGUGAAUCGUACCCCCCCCCCCUUUCCCACUCUCAUUAAUCGAUGUCGUAUUUACAGAAGUGUGGGACGUUCAGUGUUAAGAUUGGGGUUUUAGGGAUACCAUUAAGGUAAUUUGUGGAUAAUUGAAUUAUUGAAGUCAAAGUUGUCAGAACUGGUUUGUAUCGGUUUGUAUUUUGCAUGUAUACUUCCAGUAUUGUUAACCAAGGCAGAACCGAAACACUCAACAACAAAAAACUAAGGGAAACUGAAUUUUUCUUUCAAUAUAGAGUAUUGCUAAUUUAGAAUUUUUUGUGCUCGAUAUUUUUUUUUGCUGGUGUUAGUGAUGUUCGAUUUUUUUUUCUUCCAUUCGAGACAUGCUCGAUAUUUUUUUUCGGAUUUGCGCCCCUCCCCCAUGAAAAAUCAAAUGGUCCGUCCCUUAGGAAAACAUACGAAGCAAAUGUAGAUUAAAAUGUGUUAACCCGCCAAGAAGUAAGUUCAUAUUUGUGUAUUAGAGUAUGUAUAGUGUAGAAUUAGAAGUAAUUUGUAGUUGUAAUUCAAUUUAUAGAUCGAAUAAAAACAGUGUAACAAUAUACGAUUUGACGGGCAAUGUAUUCAUUUCAUCGGACCACAAAUUCGAUUUCCAAUGCUAACCUGGCGUCCGUAAGAAAUAUAUAAACGAAGAUAAACUUGUGUGCUAACCAGAAGCUAACCAAGGCUGAAGCGAAAGCUUUAUCUGAAGCGAAACUAAGACGUAGAACUGCUAAAGCCGCGCUAACCCGUAUAAGUAAAACGCUGAGAAUUAAACUACAAAACGAUAGACCCCCAGGCGAAAUAACCGAAGCUUUGCAAAAGGUGAAACAGGCGUAUAAUGAUUUAGUCGUUAAACAUGAAGAAUAUGCCCAGAACAUUGAAAAUGAUGAGGAAUUCGAAACAGAGGAAAAAUGGCUAGAAGAAAGUCAGGAUGCGUAUCUUCAACUAGAAUGUACAACAAAUGAUUAUAUUAUGAAUAAAAACAUGCAACAGACAUUGGGCGGAAGUGUUGAACAACCGGAAGCGAGUAGCGGAAAUAACGGAAGUGAAGCCCAAACGAACACUGAACAGUCGGAAACAGUCGGAGAAACUUCGGCAACUGAACAGCAAGCUGUAAAUGUGAACAACCAAGAAGAAACUUCUGAAAAUAUUGCUCAAUCGAGUAAUAAUGUCCAAGAAAAUGUUCAACAAAGCGCCACAACACCCUGUGGAUUCAAAAUGGAAAGACCCAAGAUGCCGCGUUUUGCUGGAGACGUCCGAGAUUACGUCAUAUUUCGAGCUGAUUUUAAACAUGCUGUAGAUUCAAGGUACGGUAAAAGAGAUGCAAUGUCCUUGCUACGUACGAGCCUUUGCGGAAGACCCUUGGAGCUGAUAAAAGGAAUUGGUAGCGACUACGAUGCUGCAUGGGAGCACCUAGAUUCGAUAUACGGAGACCCUAGAUUGGUCGCCGACACUGUCACCCAUGACAUUUCAAAAUUCAAACCACUUCGUGAAGAUGAAGACUCAAGAUUUUGUGAUUUAACCCAACUGGUUAGAAGAAGCUACAACACGCUCAAGGAAGUCAACAGACAGUUUGACAUGGAUAACAAUCACAUGAUAGCAAUAAUUGAACAGAAAUUGCACAUGAAUGACAGGAAGAUCUGGUCGCGCCAUUUGGAAAGCAGUGGAAAAGAGGCUACUUUAGAAAAUCUAAUCACAUGGAUGACAACAGAAAUGAAAACAAGAAUGAGAGCUACAGCGCCUCUGAGAAGUAUGCAAUCCAGGCAUCCGGUUGGAAGUUUCAAUGCUGAUAUUUCUGGAA